AUGGUUGCGGGAGCCGCGCAUAAAGGGAGAGAUGGAAAAGAGAGGAAAGAGGAGGUUCAUGGUAGGAUAAUAGGAAAUGGAGUGGGUAAUUUGUCUUGCAUGUUCACACGACAGGGGAAGAAGGGUACCAACCAGGACGCCAUGGUUGUCUGGGAGAAUUUUAAUGGAAGGUCAGACAUGGUUUUUUGUGGAGUUUUUGAUGGCCAUGGUCCGCAUGGCCAUAUUGUAGCAAGGAAAGUUAGAGAUACUCUCCCUUCGAAGCUGCGUGAUUUGAUAUAUGAUGACUUUGGGGAGAGCCCCAUUUGCAAUUCAGAUGGCUCAAUUCUAGAAGAAACUUUAUCUCCGUACGCAGAUGAAGAAGACAAGUCUCCAAUGUCUGUACAGAAAUUAGAACGUCGGAAUUCUUUUUUCUCAAUGAAAGAUUCAUUCCGAAAGGCUUUUAGGGUAACAGAUAAAGAACUUAAAUUACAUCGGAAUAUCGAUAGCAUUUGCAGUGGAAGUACAGCAGUUACUUUAAUCAAGCAGGGCCAGGAUCUUAUUGUUGGGAACUUAGGUGACUCUAGGGCUGUAUUAGGAACCAGAGAUCAAAACGGCCGUUUGGUUGCUCAUCAAUUGACAGUUGAUUUGAAACCCGAUCAUCCAAGAGAAGCAAGGAGAAUCAAACGAUGUAACGGAAGGGUUUUUGCUCAUCGGGAUGAACCAGAUGUAUCUCGCCUUUGGCUUCCUAAUUGUAACUCCCCUGGUCUAGCAAUGGCACGCGCUUUUGGUGAUUUCUGUCUAAAGGAUUUCGGGUUAAUCUGUGUGCCUGAAGUCACCUAUAGACAAAUCAGUAAGAAGGAUGAAUUCAUUAUCCUUGCUACAGAUGGGGUGUGGGAUGUCUUGACCAAUCAGGAAGUCAUGGAUGUGGUUGCUUCAUGUUCUGAGCGUUCAUCUGCAGCUCGUUCUAUUGUUGAUUUAGCAAAUCAGGCAUGGAGGUUUAAAUAUCCAACGUCCAAAACUGAUGAUUGUGCAACGAUAUGUCUUUUUCUCGACGUAGAGGACAUUGCUACUGGCUUAUCAGUGUCUUCUGUUACUAGCAAGGGAACUGGAUCAAGUCAAAGGGCACAAGCUCAGUCAAGGAAGCCCAAGCUCCAUAAUAGAAGUGUAAUACCUGAAGAUGUGGAUGAUGGAAGUGAAUCAAAUAUAAGUGGAGAUGAAAGGUCCUUGGAGAGCUUCACGAGAUUGAACACACUACUGGCACUACCAAAGUUCGGUGACACAAGUCCAAAAAUGAAAUGA